AUGAGUGCAACUACAGCAGAGGAAACAUCAACAACACCAAAAGAAAUGACGUUUGCAGAAAAGCAAGCAGAACGUAUGAAGAGAUUACGCUCUUUACAUUCCGCCAGGAAUGAAGCCAGGACACACAAUCAUCAGGAGGUAGUGGCUGAAGAGGCUAGAAAUAAAUUACCACCGAACUAUGACGCAAAACGUCGUCAGGCGGAAUGGUUACUCGACGAUCAAGCAAAGCGUGAAGAAGCUGAAAAAUCAGGCAAAAAUUACGACAGAGUAAAACUUUUGAACAUCUCAGCGACGGAAGCAGAACGUUUGGAGCGUAAAAAGAAGAAAAGGAAUCCAGAUGAGGGUUUUUCGACAUACGAUCAAGCGACAAUAAGACAGUACAAUAGAUUGGUCAAGAAUAUGCCUGCACCGGACAUGGAGCAGUAUGACAAACAAAAACAAAAAUAUGGAGAUGCUUUCUAUGGAGGUCCAAAUGUGAUCAUUCACGGUAUGCAUGAAGAUCGUAAACAGGCUAUCGACAGAAUGGUGGACGACUUGGAAGGACAGAUUGCGAAGAGAGCUAAAUACUCCAGAAGGCGGAUACACAACGACGACGCAGAUAUUGACUAUAUUAACGAGAGGAAUGCCAAGUUUAACAAAAAACUUGAGCGGUUUUAUGGCCAACACACUGCCGAGAUUAAGCAGAAUUUGGAACGUGGUACAGCCAUAUGA